AACGAGCUCGUACUUUUCCGCUAAUUUCCGUAACACUUCGGAACCGGGGGAUUCCCCUGAAGUUAUCGGUCUUGCCGAGUAAGAGUUAUCGUUCAUAAGCGAACCAAAAUGGCCGACCAGAGAGAUAGUCGAGGCCGGUUCGCGAAGAAAGGGCCUAAAAGAGUUAGAUAUAAGAAGACAUAUGUUGCCUCCGAGCAUAAUUACGUGAGUGGACACCAGUGUCCAGGUAAAACUUGUAAAGAUAGACUUUGUCCUCUCUUUAAUAAUAUACAAGAUCUCGGUAAAAAUGUGACCCGUGACUGGAAGGAAGGACGGCGCAUUAUGGAGCUAGGUGUUUUGUUGGAGUCCCUAUCUACAUGUUCCUCCUGUCGUAUGGGACCUAUACCGCUUUAUACCGAAAAUGUAAUAGGAGAGAGACGACGGGGCCUUGGUGGUUAUCUAUAUGUCGUAUGUAUGAAUCCCGAUUGUGGAGAAGUUAACAUGGUGCCCUAUGGAAAGACGCAUAGAAAAGAAAAAGCAACAGGGAUGCCAAGUUUUGUCGUAAAUACUAAAUUAGGCACAGCGAUGAUUGACAGUCUUGGAGGACCAGACCGCGUGAACAACCUGCUCUCUACUUUGAACAUCCCAACAAUCAACAACAAAACUUUAAUGUCUAUGCAGAGGCGUGCCGGAGAAAAUGUAGAGAGUGUAUCCCUGUUGACCACAAAAAAAGCAGCUAAUGAUACUUAUCACAUGGAAAUGGUUGAAGUAGCUAAUGCAGAAUCCAGUCAAGCCUCUCAAAGUAUGGAAGUAUUAAUAGAUGAUCUGGGAGUUGGCGUAUUACCAGACGCAUCAGCAAAAACUAAAGAAAUGCUGCGAAAGACAGAUGGCCAUGAUAUCGAUGAUGCUUUAAAAUUUGAUGAUUCUGAUAAUGAAUUACCUGAUACUGACCAUAGAAAUGUUAACCAAAACAUUGUCUCCUCCACUGCAAAUACACAGAAUAGAAUACCCACCACUCCCGAGGUUAGCCAGUCAGAGGAUGACACAGGUACUGUUUGUACACCAGUUACUGCUAAUUGUCUUCCACCCGCACAAUCACGGAGAAGGAAAAGACCAUCAAAGUCCAAAGGCACUCUCAAGAAAUCAGUGAAUCAAAAGCUAGUCAAGAGGUUUCCAUGCAAGACGAGGAGGGGCAUGACUUGUGCUGUAGAUACCGCUUGGCAUAAACGCGGAUUUGAUAGCCUCACAGCACAUACAUUUUUUAUGAGCAAGUCACAAUAUGGGAAAAAAGUACUUAAAACAGUGGUUGGGCAUAGGACGUGUGGAACUUGCCGUUGGUGGAGAAGGAAUCGACCUGGCCUCCCUGUUAGAAAGCAUCGUUGUGUUCAAAACCAUCAUGGUAGUGCGAGAAGCAUGAAGAGUUCGACUGGCAUCCGAGGCAUGAAAGAGCUGAUUGAUGAAGGAACACCAGUGGAGUACAUUGAAGGGGACGGGGACAAUACUUUAAUUGCUAGUUUACGAUCAGAGCUAAACUUGAACAUCAAGAAAAGAUUCGACAAGAACCAUGUUGUGAAGAAUAUUGGGAAGACUUUGUUUGAACUAAAGAGUAAAAAACUUAGUAAAACUGUAAUCAUGCACAUACAAAAGUGUGUGAAAUAUGCCUUUGCAAAAAAUCAAGGUAACAAAGAAGGACUGGAAGAGAAUCUUAGAGGCCUCAUUCCACAUCAGUUCGGGGACCACCAGCACUGCAGGGCAAGAUUUUGUGGAUUUUUGCGGAAACCAGGAAGUGUUUAUCAACAUAGAAGUCUGCCCUACAAAACAGCACUGAAAGAUACUGAUUUACGACAUCAGCUAGAAGCGGUUUUUGAACCACUCAUAGCCAAUGCUGAACAAUACAUAGAUUUGGAUUCAAGCCAACAGUGCGAGCAUGCAAACCGUGAAGUGACACUUAGAGCUCCAAAGUCCCUCCAUUAUGGAAAUUCUGAGUCCAUAGACUUUAAAGUACAUGCAACUGCAGCAUUCAUCAAUGAAGGACAUGGAUAUAUCUCAAUGUUUAUACUAAUGCUUGGAAACAGUUUCAAGACUCAGCAAAUGAAAAAGGUGGUAUUUCCCCUGGAAAGUUUACUCAAGACCAUGCCAGGAAAAGGAUGAAAAGGCGCAAAGAGGUUCAAGACAAAAUUCAGCUCCCUUCAACUAAGCUUAGACGUCUUAUUUUGAAACAGGAAAGAGCUGUGACACAGGGAGCUCAGGAAACACUGGAGGGAGAUUCCUAUCAGU